AUGCAAGAACAGGAUGAAAUCCCUUUAUCAGGAAGCAACGAAUAUUCAGUUCCUCAAGAAGCCUCAUUUCCAGGUGAAAGGCCAUUGAAUGCGAGAGGCGCUUACAACCUUCCUGGGGAUGAAAUGCCGGUUGGUUCACAGCUUGAUGAGAAGCCAAUAGGCAGCGCCGGAGCAUAUAAUCUGCCACCUGAAGAAGCCCCCGAAGAAGCUGAAGUUGAGGAAACAGGACCCUUAGAAAAGCGCAUUGAAUCAAAAGCUUGGAAAACACGUGUAAAGGCCCUUGAAGAAUUGACUGGAUUACUAAGAACUGAUCCAGAUCCACCUUUUGCAGCCUAUUUAGACCUUAUCAUCAAAUUCAUUUCAGACUCACAUGCAGGAGCCCAAGAAAAUGGUCUUGACGUUCUCAGCGUGUAUAUUGAAAAGCAGCCUGAUAUGAUUUUGUCCCAGAGUGAAGGGAUUACCAAAGCACUUAUCGAAAAAGGAAUUGCGAACACAAAAGCUAAUAUUAAGCAAAAAUCAGCAAAUAUUUUGCUGGAUUUUUACGGAAUAUAGCCCAUACCCCAAUAUAGAUUUCUAAAUGCAAUAGAAAGUUGAGAGACCUCUUAAAUUUAAAUUUAUAAAUAGCCAUUAAAAAUAGAUGCGUUUUACUUGUCAAAUUUGUUCACACAUGUCAACCAUUUUUGACAUGCCACUUUUUAACUCUUCCUGGUUUAAAAGAUCCAGUUCGAACCUUUGUUAGUGUCUGUAUUUGGUUUUCAACUUUCUAUUGCAUUUUUUUGAUAAAGAAAUCUAUAUAAGUGUAUGGGCUAUACAUAGAACCACUCAGGAACCAUUUAUAAAUGGUCUCAUUGCAGCGCUUAAUAAUAAGAACUUAAAGAUCCAAGCAGCUGCUGUUUCAAGUACGAAUUCGAUUAUGGGAGCCUAUGGGGCUAAAGCUUUUUCGUUUAAACCGUUUGUAGGGAUCAUGGAGAAGUUUGCAGGCGUCAGCAAUCCCCAGGUAAGAGGGGAAGCUUUAUAUUGCUUUACAUUGAAUUUGAUGCUAUAUAGAUAAGCUGAGAUCCAGAUAUGCAUAAAAAAUUUAUUAAUAAUAUAUCACUUAAAAGAAAAUAAUUGAUGCAGAGCGCUAUAAAUUUUUAUAAGGAAGCCUACAAAUGGGUCAGAGAUUUAAUUUUACCUAGUGUGGACAAGCUUAAAAAAGCACAGCAAGAUGAACUAAAAAAAUCAUUUGAAGAAUUAACGGAACCUCCUGUUGUCACUAGAUAUAUUGUAGGACAGCAGCCAAAAGCUGAAGAAACUAAGGCUGGUGGCAAAAGCAAAGGAGGAGCCAUUGAUAUUUAUGACAUGGCAGAUGCCAAAGAUAUUUUCAAUAAAUAUGGCGAAAGAUGGGCAGAUGGAGUACUUGCAAUGGAAAAAUGGGUAGAGAAGAAAGCUGCUUUAGAAGAGCUCAAUGCAGAGCUAAAUUAUCCAAAACUGGCAGAAAAAAGUCCAAUUGCCUUGACAACAAUGGGUAAAAGGCUCAUAAAUGAUGCCAAUGUAAAUGUAAUGAUGCAAACAAUGAAAAUGAUUGGAUUGCUCGCUAAAGGCCAAAGAAAGUAUUUUGAUAGCUAUGCUAACUUUCCCUAAUUCUUGAUAAAAAGAUUUCCUAUCGUUUAGCCAAGGCUGGAAAUUAAAAAUCCUCAAAAAAGUAUAUUUAAUUUUAUUUUAAUUUUUUCAUAUAAAAAGUUUGAAGCUUUAGUGAUAAGAGAUAUACCAUAAAUAUAUUAGCAAAUACACUUUAUAGCUGAAAGUGGAUAAUAUAGUAAUAUCUCUUAUAUUCUCUCUAUUUCCAAAUAUUUGUAGCUAGAUUUGAAGCAGGAAGUAGCUGGUUUCAUGCCUGAGCAUAUGAAAAUUGCUCAAUCAAGAAUGACUUUAAUUUACCUAUAUUUUUAGGGAAAUAGUUCAUUAAUAUUAUUGAUCAAGGACAAGGGAGUAAGCAGUUUUUGCCAAUAUUUUUACAAAAAUUCAAAGAUAAGAAAAGCUUAGUUAUCCAAGAAACCCAUACAUCCCUUGAUAAUUUAAUGUACAGUUUAAACAUUGAACAAGUAAUAGACGACAUAAAAGAAGCCUUAGAAGACAAAACCCCAUCAGUAAAAAUCAAUACUUGCCAAUGACUUGAAAGAGUUUUUGCAGAAAUGCCUGAUGAGCAAGUGGCUAAAGUAGCAAAGGUAAUUGCUAUAAUUUUAAAGAAAAACACAGAUGAUAGCACAGCUGAUGUAAGGAACUCUUGCUUUAAGAUGCUUGCAUGCUUAUUGAAUAAAUGCUCUGACAUUAUAAAUCCUCUCAUAAAAGAUUUGCCAUCUGCAAAGAUGAAAAAAAUUGAAGAAGCUGGCGGUAAUGCAGGCACAAGUAAAAGGGAACAAAGUGUGGAGAGAACUGUUACUGUUGAAGAAAGUAAAGACGAAAAGCCAGAGCUGAGAAGAUCGAGAAAAAGUAUGACUUCAGCCCCACAACAGUCUAAACCACCAGCAAAUAGUAAAAAGCAGCCGUUAUUGCCACCAAAAAGCCCUGCACCACAAAAAGAUAAAGAAUCAGCUGCACAGCCUGAAGAAGACCUUGGAGCCCCUAUGUCUCCAGAAGACGCUGAAGCAGUUAUUUCACCUUUGAUCCCAAGUGAGACUUUUGAAAAGCUUAAAAACAGUAACUGGAAAGAAAAACAAGCAGGCCUACAAGAAUUCUUAGAAUGGAUAACCAAUAACCAGCCAGUGGCUUCUGAAAACAAUGAAGCGAUCAUGCGUUUUGUAAAAAGUACUGUAAAAGAUUGGAAAGAAAAUAACUUCAAUGUCAACAAAGCUGCUUUUGACCUGUUCUCAUAUUUAGCCCAAAACUGUAACUUAACGAAGCGUGCAGCUUCGAUGGCUCUUAAUUCUCAAGCUCUUGAUAAGUUUUCUGAUAUGAAACUAAUUGAAUCUUAUAAUUCUUGCAUUUUUAGUUUUUGUGAAUGUGUUGGACCAAGAUUUGUAGUUUCAUCCAUCAUUAAAAAUACUAGCGAUUGCAACAAGCCUAAAGUCGUUUCUGAGUGCUGCUCAACAAUUGGUAAGGCCAUUAAUGAUUAUGGCAUUCACACAGUAAAUCUGAAAGAAGUCAUUGACUAUUCAAAAGCUGGGAUUUCCCAAACAAAUGCGGUUAUUAAAAAAGCUGCUCAAAGCCUUACUAUAAUUAUAUAUUCCCACAUUGGUGAUAAGAUUCUUCCAUUUAUAUCAGACAUAAAAGAGCAAACUUUGAAAGCAUUACAAGAAGAAUUUUCCAAAACUGAGGUCAUUAAAAAUGCUAACUAUAAAACUAUCAGAGGAGAAGAGGAGUCUAAAUUAGAUCCAAAUAAAAUGAUGGAUGCACAGUUCCCACGCACAAAUAUAAGCUCACAGAUAAAUGCAGCAAUUCUGAAAAAGCUAGGGGAUUCGAAUUGGAAAGUAAGAAAAGAAGGACUAGAAGCAGUAGAAGCAGUAAUAGACCAAAGUGGAAUGAGGAUCCUGCCAACUGGCUUAGAAGUACUAAUUAAAGCUUUGAAAGCUAGACUUGCUGAUCCAAAUAAAUCGCUUGUCAGACAAACACUUGGACUUAUGGGCAAGCUUGCACAAGCUUUAGGUUCAGAAGGGAAUUCAAUAUCAAAGUCAAUAGUUCCAGGAAUAAUUUCAAAUUUAUCAGACAAAAAUUCAUUGUUAAGAACAGAUGCAUUAGCAGCAGUUGAUAAAUGGUCGCAAGAAGUAAGCCCUGAAUGCGUAAUAAAUCAAAGCGCCCAGCCUUUACUGCAAGAAAACCCUGAGCUUCGUACAGAACUCCUUAGCUGGCUGUUAGCUCACAAAGAGAAUUUUCCGAAGUGUGAUAUGAAAUCUAUGGCACCAAGUAUUUUAUCUUGCUUGCAGGAUAGAAGCGCAAGUAUUAGAAAUGCUGCAGAAUUGUUAUUCGCAGAAACUGUAAACUUGGUUGGGUUUGAUACUUUUCAGCCUUUAUUAAAAGAUAUAAAGCCUGCUGUUAUGAAUACCCUUUCUACUAUUUUUGAUAAGUAUAAAGGCAGUAGCAAUAGCCAAGCAAGUGAGGCGGACAGUCCAAGAGAAAACACUUUAUCAGCAAGCAGCAGACAAAGUCGUUCCCAAACAGCCAACACAGGAGGAUCCAGAUCAAACUCCAAGGGCUCUAAUAGAAAUACCAGCAAAGUUGGCAGCGACACCCCAAAGAACGAAAAAGAGCUUCUUAAAACCCCCAAACCUGCCUCAAAAGCUUCAGAACAAGCUUCUCAAGACAUCUCCAUAAUUCCUGGACCCGGAAAAGACAAAAGACUAGAUUAUGAAGCUAAGCACAGAUGGAGCAUUGAAGAGCUUCGUCAAGAUUACGUGGAUAAGCUGCGAGCAGACAUGAAAGCAUCCUUUUCCAAUGAUUUGUUCAACUUGCUAUUUUCUGCUGACUUCAAAAAGCAAAUAGAAUCCAUCCAAGAUUUAUCAAUCUUACUAACUUCUCAGCGUAGAGAAAUGCAAGACGUUAUUGACCUAGUCUUCAAGUUUAUCUGGUUCAAACUGCUAGAAGGCAAUAACCCACAGAUUUAUAAAGCACUGUUUGAGUUUUGCGUCCAGCUUGUUAACACUUUUCAAGAAGACAACUAUUCCCUAAAUGAAGGAGAAGCCAUGCUAUUUUUGCCAAUUUUGUGUGAAAAAUCUGGAAAUAAUAAUGCAGUGUUCAGACAGAUGAUAAGGAACAUUAUUCAUAGCACAACCAAAAUUUAUCCUGCCGAAAAAGUGUUUUUAAUUGUACUACAAGGAUUGAACUCAAAAAAUGCACGAAGCAAAGUGGAAUGUCUUGACGAAUUAACAAGCUUAAUACAAGAGUUUGGCUCGGUAAUUGCGCAGCCUAGAGACAUAAGAGCUAUUGCGAAGUUUGUGAAUAGUCCUGAUAAUAGUGUAAGAACUUCAGCUGUUGGCACUAUUGGAGAAUGCUUUAAAACGAUGGGUGAGAGAAUAUGGAACUUAAUUGGAGAAGUCCCUGAUAAGGUUAAAGAUUUAUUAAAGGAGAGGUUUAAAUCAAUUGCAGGGCCAACGAAUCCGCCCCCAAGCCAAGGAAGCUCUUUGAAGCCACCAAUGAAAAAGAAAGAUGAAGAAAGCGGUAGCAAGCUGAGCACGCCAAGAGGAAAUAAAUUGCAAUUUAAGUUUGAAGAAGGGAAUGCAGAAGUUCCAACAUUUAAUGAAUCUGACGAAGUAGAAGUUGUGGCACAGCCUAAGAAAAAGCCUGAAAUUGCAGUAACAUCGCCACCUUCACAGCAGCUGGCAACACAAACUCCAAACCAAUCUUCAUCAGGAAGAAUUCCAACUCUUCAAAGGAAUCCUCUACAGUCUUCAAUAGACCAGCCAAUCCAAAUGUUAAUCCCAAGCCAAAUCUCAGACCAAAUCCCUCAAAUUUCUAGCCAAAUUUCUACUCCUAGCCAAGCUAUCAUUCCAGCUCCAUCUCAGCUUUACAAGCCCCAAGUCAUCCAACCUCCUAGCUCACAAAUAACAACUCAGUUUGAUAGUCCUCCAUCCAAACAAGAGCAGAUAACUCCGCGCAUAAAUCGUGAAGAAGAAAAAAAGAUUUCAGUUUUAGACACCUUAGUCACUUCUCCAGAAGUCAGUAUUAAUGAAAGUCUUCUUUAUGACCCUCAUCGGGCUGAAGAAGCACAGUCAGAACUGGACAGACAUAUAGACACUUUGCGCAGCGGUGACAUGUCUUCCCGUGUAGAUGCUUUAGUUGCUAUUAAUGAUUUGAUAUUGAAUAAUCUGGAUUCUCAUAAAGAAGAGUUCCAGAAGAAGGCUAAUAUGUUAAUUGAUGCACUCAGCAAAGUCAUUAUUAGUACUUUUGAAAGACCGAUUGAAGAUAUUCCUUUGCGCUUUGCUAAAUAUUUCUUAAAUGUAGUACAUAAAGUUUGCUGCACAAAGCUCAUUAUGCGUGAGGUCAGCGAAACUUCUCUUUUUGUGCUUACUGAGCAGAUCCUUAAAAGAUUGCUAAUUGAAGAUCUUGAUAAGUUAGGUGAAAAAGGGGAAGGAGAAGUCAUGCUCAAAACUUUGAACAUUAGCAUUAAGUUAGAUUAUCGAAAGUUUCCGGUAGCAUCUUGCUCUGUGGGCUGCCGCAGUCCCAACAGGGUGGCGAGCUCCUCCCCACCUGAGGCUUGCAUCUAAGGAGAGUGAAGUGCUGGCACCUUGCCACACGCCAGACGAGGUUGCCUGUGCAGAAAAUCCAAAAAUGGGAAUUUCUAGUCAAUUGCCCACUCCUGUUUUAUGCUAGGGAGUUGUCCGAUAGAUCUAAAGGGCUUUGCUGGACUUCCCUUUCCAACUUCAAGUCCCACUUUCCCCUGAGGUAAAAUCUAGACUAGGGCUAGCCCAAAAAUGAAUUAGGAUCGAUUACCUAACAUAGUUGCCCAUUUUUGGGCUGGCAAACCUUGCCAAAUAUAACUAAAUAAGUGGUCGAAGCUGUAUGGCUGAAGGCUAUGCCCGGCUGAGACGCCAUAUGUUUAACUAUGACAUCAUUCUCAAAACCUUGAACGGGACCAUGCUAAGAGUUUUAGAGCACUGCAAACCAACUCGGAUUUUUGUGGUACUUAUAAAAUUACUAACAAAGUAUAUAAAUGAAACUUCACUAUCAAAGAUGCCAGGAUUGAUCAUUAGAUGCUUAUUGAAAUUGACCAAAAUUUUGUCAACUGUGAUCCAUCAGCUGGAAGUUGAUAAAAUCCUAGUGGCUAUGCAUGAGUAUUUGGUUGAACAUAAAAUCAACAGCUCAGCUAACACUGAUGAAAUGGGAACGAAAACAAUAAAAACUAUUAUAAAUGAGUUAGUGAAAUUACAAGGAGAGGCUAUUUGGGAGUCAUAUGCAGCUGUGAGGAAUCACUCCAAGCCUGAUUCGAACAUUGAGAGAUGGAUUUCUACCCUUCUCACUCCAACAACUACAAUCUCCAGUAUAACUUCACCUCGCAUUCUUAAGGCUCCACAAGACCCUAUAUUAAAUUCCAUCUUUUCUCGUCUGUCUGAUGAUUCGGGAUACACUUCAGCAAUCACCGAAUUAUCUGAUUAUAUUGAAAAAAAUCCAAAAACAGAUCUUGCUCCUUAUCUAGGUCAAGUUCCUUCUGAUCUUUAUAGUAGAAUUACUGAUGACUUACGCAAUCUAAAAGAAGACAAAGCCAGAAAUGAGGAGCCACAGCCACAAGCCUUAGAAAGUUAUAAUUUCCAAGACUUCCAAAACCGCUUAUUCCCCUCCUCAGUACGAACAAAAAAAUUUUAUUCACUAACAUUAACUUUUUUUAUCAAAAAUUUAUAAAGCAAAUAUAAUUUAUUUUGUAAAAUCUAUCUUUUAAAUAUAAUCUGUUUAAAAUAAAACAGAAUUGCUAGAGAUUUCAUUAUAAUAUUUUAUCAUGCACAUCAAAAUCUUUUUUUAUGAAAAUUUUUAUAUUAAAACAAUUUUUUAUUCUCUCACACAAAGGAUGGGUUUUUACACAAAAAAUAGGGAUUCUUUCAAUUUUUUUUUGCUUGCUGAGGGAGUGGGAGUUAGCCAUGAUGAAACAGCGGUACGGCUUAGCAGCUUCAAAUCAGCCUGCUCAAUUAAGUUCAACUCUAACUGACUUAAAGGCAAAGGUAAACAGCUUGCUAAACAAAACCAAUGGACAAGAUGAACAAGCAAACUUUAUCAGUGAAAUGAAAGAAAGGAUCCAAAACUUAAAUAGAAAAUAA